UGUAACGACCGGCGAUGACUAGCUAUUAGCUUGUUUUCUCAAGAAGAAAAACUUACACAGUGUUCUUCGUCUCCGACUGCCUUGUUAACCCUGUACGCUCGAGGCAGUCCCGGUGCAGCUGAAUCUCGCUUAAACUGUGACCCAGUGUGGAGGCGCACCAUUAGGAUGUUCUAUCAAUACCACCACCUCCUCUCCCUCUUUCCCCUCCUCCUGCUGCUGGGUGUGGGAGUCUCUGCGGUGGAAGUGCAACGACCUCGCGGUGUACCUUUAUCAAAACGGCAGUUCUAUGAAGAGGGCAAACCAUUUACUUGUCUGGAUAACUCCGGCACUAUUCCCUUUGACAGAGUGAAUGAUGACUACUGUGAUUGCCAGGAUGGCUCUGAUGAGCCAGGCACUGCUGCUUGUCCCAACGGCAGCUUCCACUGCACCAAUGCAGGUUUCCGACCAGCCUUCAUCCCCUCCUCCCGCAUUAAUGACGGAAUCUGUGACUGCUGUGACACAACAGACGAGUACAACAGUGGUGCCGCCUGUCAGAACACCUGCAGGGAAAUGGGGCGUAAAGAGAGGGAGAGCCUGCAGAAAAUGGCAGAGAUCGCAAAGGAGGGCUUUCUGAUUAAACAGCAACUCAUACAGGAGGCCAAGAGGGGCCUAGAGGAUAAAAAGGCCAAACUUGUAGAUGUUCAGGUCGGUAAGAAGGAUCUGGAAGACAAGGUGGAGGCACUGAGAACUGUAAAGGAGACUGCAGAGCAGCCAGAGAAAGAAGCUAAAGAGCGCCAUCUGCAGGCCUGGGAAGAUCAAAAAGCUCUCGUUCGUAUGGAGAAGGACAAGACCAGAAUGGCUGAGGUUUUUCUUGAGCUUGAUGAUGAUGCAGAUGGCUUCGUCUCAGCGGCUGAGCUUCUGUCCCAUUCUGAGCUCGAUCCAGAUUCAGAUGGUUCAUUCACCGAAGCAGAGGCUCAGGGAUCGUUGGGAGGAGUGGACAAAGUGGACACAGUAGCAUUUGAGGCUGUUUGGAAUAACAUCAAAGAAAAAUACAUAUCAGAGGCCACCGCAGACACCCCAGCACCAGUGGAGACUCCACAGGAGGAGCCAAUCUCCGACAAUGACUCUGAGCAGUACCCUGAAGAUGACAUCCCAGAGGAUGAAGAGGAGGAGGACGAAGAGGAUGAAGAUGAAGAACCAGAUGAUGGAGAUUAUAAGACCCCUCCUCCGACGCCGACUCAGGAAAAGAAAGAUGACGAUGAGGGGACUAUGCCGCCCUAUGACCAAGAAACGCAGAGCCUCAUUGAUGCUGCACAGAAAGCCAGGGAUGAGUUUGACAAGGCUGAGAGAGCUCUCCGGGAAGUGGAUGAUCAGAUCAGGAACCUUGAGAAGGAAAUUUCCUUUGACUUUGGACCCGAUGCUGAGUUUGCUCAUCUCUACAGCCAAUGUUAUGAGUUAACUACUAGCGAGUACAUCUACAGGCUGUGUCCGUUCAACAGAGUAUCCCAGAAACCCAAGUACGGUGGAUCUGAAACCAAUCUAGGAACAUGGGGAAAAUGGGCAGGUCCUGAGGAUAACAUCUAUUCGGUGAUGAAGUAUGAACAUGGAACAGGAUGCUGGCAAGGCCCGAACAGGUCCACCAUGGUUAAGUUAACAUGUGGAAAGGAGACGGUUGUGACAUCUACCUCAGAGCCCAGUCGCUGCGAGUACCUGAUGGAGUUCACCAGCCCUGCUGUCUGCCAGGAGCCCCCCAGCCUGGAUUCUUUGCUUCAUGAGCACGAAGAGCUCUAGGUCCGCUUGAUUUGUUGUUCCUGAGGGACCACACAGUCACUGCAGCAACCCGACGUUGCCAUGCUGUGAGCAGCACCACCUUGUUGUCGGAUAACAAUCGAGAAUAAAUGAUGGAAAUUCCAACGAGUUAUGUCGUCUACACUUUAAACUUCCACUGCUACCUGUUGUGUUGACUCUCUGAUUAAUCUCAAAUGUAGUGUCAUUCCAUUGUUUUGAAAUAAAGUUCUUUUUAUCAUA